AUGGCGAGUGCACGCGCCUCGACGUCGCGUCUCACGCUCGAAGCCUUCCGCCCACAUCGACAUCUCCGGCCGGCCUUGGUACCGCGACGCACGUUUUCGUCGUGCGCGCCUCGGUCAUCUUGUGGCUCGGCUUCGGACACGACAGUGUCGCAUCGCAUCCGGGCGCUUAUGCGCGAAUCCGCCCAACCCGUUGCACUCAUCACCACGCUUCUUCCUGCUUCACCAACCGGCGGGAGAAGGGUUCAUGCGGCGACGCUGUCGAGCUUUACGUCGGUGUCGUUGGAGCCGAAUGUGGUGUGCUUUUCCAUGCGCACACCCUCGAAGCUCGCCGCGGCACUCGACGGGCAUUUCUCCUCGCGCGCGGGCGGGGAGCGGGUGCACUUUGUCGUCAGUAUCCUGGCUGAGGGUCAGGCAGAUGUGGCCGCAGCAUACGCCAAGCCUGGAACCCCGCCGCUUGAGGAGCUUUCAGCGGAGGAACAUCCACUGCACAAGGCUGGAUUGCUCGAUCUGCAGCUCGGACAAGACGCCCCACCAGCGCUCAGUAGGAGUUUAGGUGCUUUCGCUUGUCAAGUGGUCGACACCGUCCCACUCGCACAGUACGCUCCCACGCCACGCGAAGCGCAACCGAGCAGCGUGCUUUACCUCGCGCGCGUGCUGCACGUCCACCUACCCACGGACAUGCAUCAAAAGCCACUCAUCUACCGUCACCAGCGAUUCACCACGCCAUCGUAA